UCUCCUUUUCUUUAGAGCACGCUGCUUUUAGGGAAAAGGAGGCGAAUGCUUCCCUAACUAAUUGUCAUCCUUUCGGGCAACAAAGGCAGCCCUCCGAGGUGGAAUAAUUAUAAUUCACCCCUUCUGAUUCAUUCUUCAAGAAGAUGGGAAAUUCUUAUGCGGGGCAACUUAACUCAACACGUUUUGAAGAAGUGUUGCAUAAUUCUAUUGAAGCUUCUCUCCGAUCCAGUAAUUUAGUCCCAAGGCCCAUUUUUUCACAGUUAUACCUAGAAGCCGAGCGGCAGCUUUCAUCUCUAGAAGCAGGCAAUAGGUUAGAUAAUGAGGAAGAGGAGGAGGAGGAAGAUGAUGAUGAUGAUGAAGGUUCAGAAACAAGUAGCCCUCCUGUUACUUAUCAGAUGAAACCACCACCUGAAGGUUGUUGCACUACCGAUGGUUUCUGUCAGACGGGUAAAGACCUCAGGCUAGCAUCCAUUUUGAAUGAACCAAUUGAAGUGCCUUCAGGAUUUUUACUGGUUGGUGCAAAGUCACCAACCUUACCUGAUCACCUUUUGGUGUGUGCUGUGGAUAAGCGAUUCUUGCCUGAUGACUAUGGCCAUAAUGCUUUACUAGGUUUCUCUGGAAACUGCGUUGGCUGUGGCAAGAAAGGAUUCUGCUACUUUACUGAGUUUUCUAAUCAUAUCAAUCUAAAGCUGACCUCUCAGCCCAAGAAACAGAAACACUUAAAGUAUUAUCUGGUCCGGAAUGCACAAGGCACACUUACCAAAGGCUCUGCAAUCUGCUGGAAGGGGGCAGAAUUCAGAAACCGGCAAUCCUCCUCCAACUCUUCUUCCCAUACGUUGUUUCAGCCUCCAGAGAAUACAGUUUCUUCAGCAACUGUUAUGAACGAACCAUUUCUACCAGCACAUCCAGUAGGUCAAGCUGUAAUUCAUCAAACAACUCCUGACCACCUCCCAUCAGCUGCUUGCCAUCCAGCCUACAAUGGGAAAGACGCUUCCUAUCAACACUCACUUAAAAGCAAUUUACCUUCCGUGACAAAACCAUCAGCAUUAGGCACUUUAACAAACCCAGGACCUCCCAAAAAACGCCACAAAGGAUGGUCACCAGAGUCUCCCUCCUCCAAUGAAGCCUGGAAUAUGCAGUCCAGCUCACAAAUCCCAACUAGAAAUAAAAAUGAUGGCGGAGGAGGGCUCUCCAGUUUACCUCAUGCUACUUUGGUAGGACCAGCAUCUUCUCCAAUAGUGGCUUCUGGGGAGCCAGUUUCGGUUCCUGAAAAUUUGCUUAAAAUAUAUAAAGCAAAACCAGUCAUAUUUAAAGGGCAUGGGAACUUCCCUUACCUUUGUGGGAACCUUAAUGAUGUCAUAGUGAGCCCUCUUUUGUAUACAUGUUAUAAGAAUGCACAGUCUCUGUCUAGGUCUUAUGAACAAUAUGGAGCCUCCACUGUACAGCCAAUUUCAGAGGAAAUGCAGCUCUUGUUAACAGUGUACUACCUUGUUCAGCUUGCUUCAGACCAGGUACCUUUGAUUGAGGAUUUGGAACAGAUCUUCAUGCGUUCAUGGCGGGAGAUGUACCUCUCUGAAAUCCGUCAGUAUCAGCAGGCCAUUCCCCAAGCUUUUCCUCACAUUCCUGGCCCCAUUGCCCCAGUCACAUCAGCUCAGCUCCCCUGGCUAGCAGGCUUGGCAGCCAGCUCGUGCAACGACAGCGUCCACAUCAUUGAGUGCAGCUAUUCGUUGGCUGAAGGGCUUUCAGAAAUGUUCAAGAUGCUCCUUGAAGGAAAGCUGGCAAAGACCAAUUAUGUGGUGAUCAUCUGUGCUUGUAGAAACAGAACCAUAGACUCUUGCAUUGUGGUUACAGGGAAAUAUCAAGCAAGAAUACUCUCUGAAAGCAUGCUCACUCCAGCAGAAUAUCAGAAAGAAGUUAGCUAUGAGCUAGUUACUGGGAAAGGAGAAGUUCUUGGAGCAUUUUUCAGUUCUCUCUGCCCAGAUGGUGACCUCGAUGUUUUGUUGGAUAAAUAUUAUCAAGAAAAUAGAACCCACAUAUCAUCAUCUCUUUCUGCUUCUGCAAAUAAACCGGCAACCCUGGAUGUAACAGGAGCAGCUGUGUGUACAAGUAUGUGUGGUUAUAACCUUGAGAGGCAUCAGAUCCGCCCUUUCCAGCUCACUGUGGCCCAGAAAUUGCUCUCUCAUGUUUGCUCCAUUGCAGAUUCCAGCACCCAAAACCUUGACCUGGGUUCCUUUGAGAAAAUAGAUUUCCUGAUAUGUGUGCCUCCUUCAGAAGUGACAUAUCAGCAAACCCUCUUCCACCUCUGGCAUUCAGGUGUUUUAUUGGAGCUUGGCUUGGAGAAGGAACAUCUGACAAAAGAGCGGGUGGAACAAUAUGUUGUAAAGCUUGAUGCCGAUGCCCAGUUAAAGUUUAAAGCUUUUUUGCAGAACUCUAUGCAGAAUCCGCACACUCUGUUUGUACUCAUCCAUGACCAUGCUCACCGGGACCUUGUAAGUGCAGUUCAUAGCCUGUACCCUCACUCAGAUCCAGCUGUGGGACUCGUGGACAGACUGCUGAAUUGUAGAGAGGUGAAGGAAGCUCCCAACAUCGUCACUCUUCAUGUGACUUCCUUUCCUUAUGCAUUGCAGACCCAAUACACCCGCAUUAGUCCUUAUAAUGAAAUUCACUGGCCUUCGCUAUACAACAAUGGCAUGGACUUAUAUCAUGAAAACAAGAAGUACUAUGGAUUGCAUGAAUUCAUUGAGUCCACCCUUUCUGGACACAGUCUUCCACUGCUUCGUUAUGACAGCUCUUUUGAAGCAAUGGUCAUGGCUUUGGGGAAAAGGUUUCCUCGGCUGCAUAGUGCAGUGAUAAGGACAUUUGUUCUUGUCCAGCACUACUCCGCAGCCAUGAUGGCAGUCUGCGGCUUAUCUCAGAUGAAAAAUUACACCACUGUGGAAACUUUAGAGAUCACACAGAACCUCAUCAACUCUUCCCAGCAGUGUCCCAGUGGACAUGGGCUGAUGGUAGUCUUAAGGAUCCCUUGCAUGCCGUUGGCUACGGUGGCUUAUGAACGCCUCAACCACGUGAGGGAAAGGCUUGCUUUGGAAGGCCGUUUUGAAAUCAUCCUGGGGAAUCCCAACUCCGGAAUCAAUGUAGGGAAGCACUUUGUGGAACAACUCAAGAACUGGCAGAAAAUUGAAGAUGCUGAUUGGAAACCCCAGACAUAUUUGGAACUGGAGGGUCUACCUUGCAUUUUGAUUUUCAGUGGAAUGGAUCCUCAAGGAGAAUCCCUGCCAAGAUCCUUGAGAUACUGUGAUCUACGGUUGAUAAACUCCUCAUGCCUGGUGAGAACAGCUUUGGAACAAGAGCUUGGCUUGGCAGCCUAUUUUGUCAAUUCUGAAAGUACAGUAGAGAAAGGAGGAACCACAAAUGAUGUCUUGGAGAGUGACCCAGAAAAACUGAGCAGUACUGAUAAUGAGGAUGAAGAAAUAGUAACAGAAGGCUCAGCUUCCGAAAGAAGAAGCCCUGUGAAUAGGGAGAGAUCUGGCUCUCGUGAUUCUGCCGAUUCUUCUGUCUCUUCAAAAGCAUCAAGCGUGCCGUUUUGCAGUGACGCAUCUACAGGGGAGGUAGGAAAAAAGUCACCUCAGCAGAUGUUAAACAUCAGUAAUGAAGAGAGUGUGAACAGCACUGAAAAGCCAAGACCCAAAGUGGAGAAAGAGCCUAAACAGACCAUGAAAGCUGCUCAGGCUUCCAUCUCUUCGUCGUCACCCUCUCCUUUCUCAUCUUCCUUGGCUUCUUCUCUCCCCACCCAUAGUUCCUUGCCUCUGCAGGGCUCUCAGUGUUCCAUGACCAAAACAUCCCAGCAACCUCCCAUCGUUUACCUUCCCAAACUGAUGUAUGAUAUUGUGACCUCUGCAGACAGCACAGGUCUUCCCAAAUCCUCCUCCCUCCUGCCUUACCAUUCAGUAAUGUGGGCAAGCUCUUUUCGCCCUCUCAUGAAUAAAAUGAUGACCUCCACAGAGCAGUCCCUCUAUUAUCGCCAGUGGACAAUUCCCAAGCCAAUCCACAUGGACUACAACAAUAGAAAUGAAGGGAGGAUGGACACUUUUCAUCCGAGGAGACUGUUACUGAAUGGGCCACCCCAGAUAGGAAAGACUGGUGCUUAUCUGCAGUUUCUUAGCAUUUUAUCUCGAAUGUUGAUUCGGCUGACAGAAGUGGAUGUUUAUGAUGAAGAGGAGAUCAAUGUUGAUCUGAAAGAAAAUUCAGAACAAUAUUAUCAUCAGCCAGGAGACCUGUGGCCUGAUUUAGAAACAUUUAAACAGAUGCCUUUUGAUUAUACAAUCCACGAUCCAAAAUAUGAAGAUGCAAGUCUCAUUUGUUCAACAGUGCAGAAGACAAAGAGUGACGAUAGAUCAAUAAAGAGAAAACCAGAGGAUCUCUACAUGCGCCGUCAGACAACUCGGAUGAGAUUAUCCAAAUAUGCUGCUUACAACACUUACCAUCAUUGUGAACAGUGUCAUCAAUAUAUGGGCUUUAAUCCCAGGUAUCAGCUUUAUGAAUCCACCUUGCAUGCUUUUGCCUUUUCCUAUUCAAUGCUUGGAGAAGAAAUUCAGCUACACUUCAUUAUCCCUAAAUCGAAGGAGCACCAUUUUGUCUUUAGCCAUCCAGGAAGGCAGCUGGAAAGUAUGAGAUUGCCUCUUGUCACAGAUCAGAGCCAGGACUACAUAAAGAGCCCUACUUUUACUCCUACGACAGGACGCCAUGAACAUGGACUUUUUAAUCUUUAUCAUGCAAUGGAUGGAGCCAACCAUUUGCAUGUUUUGGUUGUCAAAGAGUAUGAAAUGGCAAUAUAUAAAAAAUAUUGGCCCAAUCACAUCAUGCUUGUUCUGCCAAGUAUUUUCAAUAGUGCAGGAGUGGGAGCUGCUCACUUCCUAAUAAAAGAACUGUCUUACCAUAAUUUGGAGCUGGAACGAAAUCGGCAGGAAGAGCUUGGCAUUAAGCCUCAAGAUGUUUGGCCUUUCAUUGUCAUCUCUGAUGAUUCCUGUGUGAUGUGGAAUGCUGUUGAAAUUGAUUGUUCUGGUGACAGAAAAAGUGAAUAUACCUGGAGAGAAAAGAAUAUUUCCCUAAAGCAAAUUCUUCAGCACAUUGAAUCAACUCCCAAUGUCACCCACUAUGCCUUGGUUAGCAUGAGGAAAUGGUCCAGUAAAACUAGGAGUGGAGAUAUCAAGGAGCCAUUCUCAUGUUGCCAUGUGCAUGACUUCAUCAUGCUGAAUGUGGACCUGACCCAGAAUGUCCAGUAUAACCAGAACAGAUUUGUUUGUGAUGAUGUGGAUUUCAAUCUACGCGUCCACAGUGCAGGCUUGAGAAUCUGCCGAUUCAAUCGAUUUAGUGUCAUGAAGAAACAAAUAGCAGUAGGAGGGCAAAGGUCCUUUCAUAUCAAAUCAAAGGUGUCAGAUAAUUUAAUGAGUAUUGGUCCAGCUCAAUAUAUAUGUGCCCCUGACAGCAAGCAUACAUUCUUGGCAGCUCCUGCUCAGUUAUUGCUUGAAAAAUAUCUCCAGUAUCACAGCCAUCGCUUCUUCCCUCUUUCACUGAAGAAUUAUAACCAGCCAGUGCUAUCUGUGGAUUGUUACCUUAAUUUAGGACCACAGAUUGCAGUUUGUUAUGUUAGUUCCCGGCCUCAUUCUCUGAAUGUCAGCUGCUCUGAGAUGAUAUUCAGUGGACUCUUGCUGUAUCUCUGUGAUUCCUUUGUUGUAGCCAGCUUCUUGAAGAAAUUCCACUUUUUGAAAGGUGCCACCUUAUGUGUCAUUUGCCAAGAUAGAAACUCCCUUCGCCAAACUGUUGUCCGGCUGGAACUGGAAGAUGAGUGGCAAUUCCGGCUAAGAGAUGAGUUUCAAACUGCCAAUGCCAAAGAAGACAAGCCCCUCUUUUUUUUGACAGGACGGCAUAUUUAAUAAGAAAUUAUCUGACAACUUCAAGGAGGUCUCUUUCAACCAAAAAUAAGUUGUGAAAAUAGUUGGGGAACUUAAAUGUUCAGCUGAACUUUUUUUUUAAAAAAAAACAUAAUGUAGACAAAAAUGUAGGCAAAUUUGAAAUAUCUGUAUUAUAAUUCUAUUUUAUUUGACACAUUUGUGUUUAUAAUUUCAGACUGUGUCAGUACCUUUUAUAAUUUAAGAUGUUUAAACUGUUCCUUUUGUGUCAGGAGCAGAGUGGAAUUACUGCUUGUUGUAGUUGAAUUGUUUAUAGGCUCUCUUUGUCUUUGUUUUGGUUGUAUAAAUUAUAGAUAUUAUUUUGUCAGGCAAUAUUUGGGGUGGUAUGGUUCAACAUUUAGACGUAGAUUCCCUUCUUAACCUUUUCUUGAAUUAGAAGUCAGUAGGCAGAAAAUGCUCCAUUCUUAGUAUAUAGUGCAGCUGGUAAGUGAACAGCUAUUGUGAAAAAGAUUUGGGUAGAGCACUAGAGGCAAAAAGGAACUGGACAGUUGUCCCAUUCAUGAAGAGCUUGGCAGUGUGUAUCAGACUUAGUGGGAAUUGCAGAAAACAACUGUCCAAGGGAUUGAGCCUUAUAUUUCCAUUUUAAUGAAAAUGGACACUUAGGCCUUUACCCUACUAGUAAUUUUGAGCAUCUUCCACAUUCACCCCUUUCCAUUGCUGGGGUGAUUCAAAGCCCGUCCUCAUUACAUUGGAUAGGCCGCAACACUGGGCAGAUGAUUCUAGAAGAUGCUACUGUAAUGAUUUCCCUUGUCCUAAUCUCAGAACCAUUGUUUGUUCUAGAUAAUUUUUAAAGUGGAAGCAUUUAUAGGACCCUGAUAAGAAGAUAGUUCCUGUCCAGUUUCCUCAAUGCCUUCAACAAUAACAGAGCUUUUAAUAUCUAAUCGAGGGGUGAAAUCCAGCAGGUUCUGACAGGUUCUGGAGAACCGGUAGCGGAAAUUUUGAGUAGUUCAGAGAACCGGCAAAUACCACCUCUGGCUGGCCCCAGAGUGGGGUGGGAAUGGAGAUUUUGCAAUAUCCUUCCCCCAGGAGUGGGGAGGGAAUGGGGAUUUUGCAAUAUCCUUCUCCUGCCACGCCCACAGAACCGGUAGGGAAAAAUUUUGAAUUUUGCCCCUGAUCUAAUCUCAUUGGAAAAGAGAGAGUGGGAAAUAUUGAGGGAGAUAUUCAGAGAUGUAUCGCCUUGAAAGUAGCCCAUAUUGAACUGUUUAUCACAAAUAUUGAGAGUUGACCACAGGACAUGUUCUAUGACAUUUUGUAUUAUGUCACUAAUGUUUUAUGAUAACUUUUAUGUAUAAAGUGUUUUAUAAAAUUUCAAGCCCACAGGA